AUGGAGGCUCCAGCUGCGGCUCAAAGACAGGAAGGAGGCGGCUCCCGGGCUGAGCAGCAUAAGCACGGUCAACAGCACCGGACCGGACCGGAGCCGGUAACUAGGGCAGCUGUACCCCGGGACGAGGACUGUGUGCUGGACUUCAACAGGACGACGGAGUCUUCAUCGCAUCCGUCAUUACCCUCCUCCUCCCUUAUCAGACCUCCGGCCGCCAGCCCCCUAUCAGAGUCCGGUUACCAUGGUAACAGCGGUGGCGCAGGCUCAGCAGAGGACUCAGACUCUGGUGCUCAGGGGAUCCACCUCCUGCUGAGACCUCCAGACCUCCUGUCGCCCAGCCUUCCCCCACCCCUGCCCCCACACACCCAGCCCACCCUCACCCCGCCUCCCCCCUGGGAGCAUGGCCCCUCCCUUGAGGAGGCCUGGGGCUCUGGAGACUACCUGGAGACUCUGUCCUUCAUGGUGCCUGACGGCGAGGAGCUGGCCCUGGCCACACCGCUGGCCAACCACCCCUACGACGACGUAGGGGGAGACUGGGUCUCCUACGACACUGCCUUCCCUGCUCGUCCCACCAUCCCCCUAUCUUCCCGCCUUCCUCUUUCACCCUCCUCCUCCACCCCCAGCAUCACCCUGCACACUCGCCCCACCCAUCCAGAUGUCUUCCCCAACUGGGACGAGGACUACGACCUUGAAGACAUGAUGCCCCUAGAGCCGACGGAACUGCUGCUGCCGGACAUGAACAGUAUGGAGUACUACACCAACCUGCUGGCCCGGGAGAGGGAACGGGAACGGGAGCGGGACAGGGACAGGGACAGGGACAGAGACCAGGACAGGGACAGGGAGCGGGACAGGGACAGAGACAGGGAAAAGGACUGGGUAAACCGGACCGACUCCAAACCCCCCAUCACUCCCACAACAACCCAAACCCACCUCCCCCCUUCAUCCCCAUCUCCGUCCCCGAGCUCUGGUCCUCCUCCAGGUAGGGAGCCCAAGCGUCCCCCAGAGGGACCCACCCCUCCCCUCACCCUCUCACCUACUCUUACAGGUGAGGAUGAAGAGGAGCCACCUCAACCCUCCACCACCAUCAGAGCCCCUUCGACUCCUCCUCCUUCCAAACCCAAAGACCACGUCCCGGGCCAACACCCUCCGCGUCCCCCUUCCAACAAUACCGGCCGGGUGCCUCCCCCUCCCCCACUAGGACCGCCCACCCGUCCUGACAGACCGGAGAGGCCUGCAGUGGUCACAGACAAGCCAGUGAAGGCUACACCCACCAGGAUCACCGCCACCAAGGCGACGACCACGACCACCGCCAUCACCACCACCACCACCCAGAUCACUGCCAUCAGCCUGACCAGAGCCCCCCCAGUCACUACGCCCAGAGUGGCCCAGACCCCGCCCACCAGACAGUACCUGUGUAAUGUCACCAAGCCAGAGAUGUACCUGGUCAGAGUAGUCAGCUCCAAAGGUUCGUCAGCUGGUUUCAGUCAGGUCAGAGAUCUGCUGAAGAAAGAGUUCAACCGCUCCGUCGAGCUGCAGUUCCUGAGAACUCCAUCCAGUUUUGCCUUCCGUGUCGUGUCGGGAUCUUUGAUCUUCACCGCCAUGUCCGUCAUCAACGCCCUCCGCCAGCAGCCACGCGGCUUCGGCCCCAUCCCCACCGUGUCACCGCUCUACACCGUACCUGACCUCAGGUACCAGAUCCACUCUGUGUUGCAGUUUGUCCCCGCCCACGUCGACGUCAGAGUCUGUAACUUCAGUGAACGAGUCGAGAGAGGGCUGGUGAUGGCGUACAGCGAGACCCGGAAACGAUCGCAUGAGGCAGGAAAUGUCACCAUACAGCUGUUGAACAUCACCAUGGGAACCCGGCUGGCGGCAGCAGAACAGAAGGUUUCCGUCGACAUCGUCUUUGCGGUGCGUGAUGGGCGGGACUUCCUGCCGGGGUCAGAGGCCAGCGAACACCUGAGGAAGCUCAGCCUGGUUGAGUUCAGCUUCUACGUAGGAUAUCCUGUCCUGCAGAUCGCAGAACCAUUCCAUUACCCUGAGCUGAACACGUCCCACCACCUGCGCUCCACCUGGGUCCGUACAGUCCUGUUGGGGGUUCAGGAGCAGCAGGUGACUGAGAGAAGUUUUAAAGCUCGUCUGGAGAGACGUCUGGCUCUGCUGCUGGAGGAGGGACUGCAGACCACCAGCAGGAGGCGCCUGAGGAGAGCUACAGCUGUGGGCAACAACAGUCUGCAGGUGGUGCGGGUGGCGAGGCUGUUGGGGUUGGAGCGCCCCCUGGAAGUAUAUUAUUUCGUAGAAGGUCCAGGUGGUGAGCGGAUACCUGCCGAGGCCACUGCCAUCACCCUGAACCGUCUGGACCUGCAGAGAGCCGCCAUCGUCCUCGGACACCGAGUCCAGAGACCACUCGCACAACCUGUGGACACCCUGUCCGUCCCCCCAGCGGAGACUCAGAGCAGCAGCAUCUGGCUGAUCGUUGGCGUGGUCGUCCCCGUCCUGCUGGCCGUCUUCAUCAUCAUCAUCCUCUACUGGAAGCUGUGCGGCUCUGAGAAGCUAGAGUUCCAGCCAGAUGCCAUCAACACCAUCCAGCAGAGGCAGAAGCUCCAGGCUCCGAGCGUCAAAGGCUUCGACUUCGCCAAACUCCACCUGGGUCAGCACAGCAAGGACGACAUCAUGGUCAUCCAGGAGCCCGGCCAACUGCCUGCCCCCGUCAAAGAGGCCACGCCUUCUGACGGCGGAGACCUAAACACCCCCAAAUCCAAAGGGUCGUCCACCAAGGUGGCACGGUCCAGCCGACGCAGGGGCAGGCUCAGCCCGUCAGACGGCGACUCGUUAGGCAGCGACCAAUCAAGUGGCAGAGAAUCGGCAGAGGAGAGCACCCGCCCUGUGGCCACGCCCAGUGAGGGGAAACAGCACAGGAAGACGCCCAAAAAUGGGAGGAACAAGAUGGGCAGCGCUCCGGAUGAGCUUCUGUCCUCAUCCUCCAUCUUUGACCACGUUGACCGCCUCUCUCGCGGCUCCUCUGACGGCACACGUCGCCAGGCUAACAAGGUGCAGCUGAUCGCCAUGCAGCCGCGACCGAGCCCACCGCCGCUGCAUGCCCCGCCCCAUCCGAGCCCCUCGCUGACAGAGAAGGUCAGCACGGAGGUGGCGCUGAGACAUAAGUCAGAGAUCGAACAUCACAGGAACAAACUGCGGCAGCGCGCCAAGAGGCGGGGUCAGUGUGAGUUUCCCUCCAUGGACGACAUCAUGGACGCUUUCGGGGAUGGACCAGUGCAGAGCGAGGUGGCCCAACGUCUCUAUAGCUCCGCCCACGACCACAUGGACUGCAUCCUGCAGGCCGACGCCCACUCACCCCCGACCCCCACCGACUCCAGGAGGAGAGGGAGGCGCUCUCCGCGGGGUCGGCGGACUCAGCCAGGACCUGGAAGUCUUCCUGAUACAGACAGAGACCGGCUGCUCACCGAUCACAGCGCCACCUACAGGAAGUACCCAGGACUCAACAACGUGGCCUACAUGUCGGAUCCUGACCUGCCCCCGGACCAUGGCAGCCCCUCUCCUACUGAUGAGGUGUUUGACUCCGCCCCAGCCCCGCCGCCCUACAUGCCCCCCCAGCCCUCCAUCGAGGAGGCGCGGCAGCAGAUGCACUCCCUUCUGGACGACGCCUUCGCCCUGGUGUCGCCGUCCUCGCAGGGCAGCGCCGGGGUGAGCGGGGUAAGCCCUGCUCUGCCAAGCCCCUCCUCCCAGCCCCGCCCCCCGGGCAGGCAGUGGGGCUCUUACCCAGCUGCCCCCUCUCACAGCCCCUUCUCUGCAAGGUAUGCAGAGCUGGGGAUGUCUCCCACGUCAGUCCAGGGUCUGCUGCAGAGGCAGGGCCUAAACUCAGGAGGGUAUGUUUCUACUGGAGACCAGCUGCAGGAGUCGGUGUACUCCAGCAGGGGGCAGUACGAGGACCCCCCCUCCUCGUCCAGACCACGACCUGUAGGGGGCAGCACAGGCGCACAGCUCCACCACCUUACUCAGGUGGGUUUGUCCAGUCAGAUUGGGGCGUACCCUGGGGUGGGUCGCAGCAUGUCUGGUCCCACUGGCUCCAGCUGGAACCAGCAGCACUCAGACCAAGACUUGUCCAGACCAGGAGCCAGCAGAGAGAGUGUGCUGUCGUUUCCUGAGUUCUCCUCUUCCUCUGUUUUCCAGAUGCCCAGCUCCUCGUUGCGGGACCCGUCAGCCCCACCACUCCUCCUGACCUCACCCACUCCAGAGUACCCGCCAGAGGACGCCUCACCGUCCGCCCACACCUCCGCCUCCCUUAUAAAGGCUAUCAGGGAGGAACUGCGACGUCUAGCCCAGAAACAAGCUGCAGUGACCAGCUACCCUUAGACUGGUCUGGGCCUGUUUGGAUCAGGACUCAACUGGUUUCAGCCCGUAGAGACUGGAUUACAACCACAAAACUAACUGAUCCACACUCUGGACUCUCUUGAGCUAAUCUAUGUCUGUGCCGCUAAAUCCAAAAUGACACUGGACCACUAUCCACGUCUGAAAAAAGACUGUGUGUCCUGACUGAAAGACCUCCGGUACUUUACAGGGUCCCGUCCGUCUGUACGUCAUCCUUCAGCUCAGUGUUUCAUUACAUGGAGUUUGACUCUUCACAUUUCCAUUGAAGUGCUUCCUGGCGUGGAUCAUUUGAUGAUCAUCCCUUCUUAACUUCUGGAGUGGAUCUCCCCAGAAUGAUGUCCACCUGAACUUCUGGCGUGGAUCAUUCCUGUUGAUCAUCUGGAGUGGAUUGUCUUGGAACAUUGUCCCACAUGGACUUCUGGAAUGGAUUGCCCUUCCACAGUGGAUUGUCCCCUCUGGAGUUCUGGAAUGAAUCCUCAUUCCCUGACUGGAGACUGGAGUGGAACAUCUUUUCUGACCUUCUGGAGGGAAUGAUCCCUCUUGGAAUCAGUUUAAGAUUGUCCUUCCUGGACUUUUGAAGCAGAUCAUUCCUCUGGAGUGGAUACUCCCUCCUGACGUUAUGGGGAAUUUCAUCCAUCCUGGAGAUUUGGAGCACAUCAUCCUUCCUGAAGUGGCAAUUUAUUCCUAAAAAAUCUGGAGUGGAUCAUCUCUCCUUACAUUCUGGAAUGAAUGAUCAUUCCCUGAGUUCUGUUGUGAAUGGUCCCACUUGACCCUCUGGAGAGGAUCAUCCCAGAAUAUUGUCCCACCUGGACUUCUAGAGUGGACUGUCCUUCCAGAGAAGACCAUCCCUCCUGGAGUUCUGCAGUGGAUGCUCCCGACUGACCCUCUGAGGUGGAUUGUCCCUCCUGAACCUCUGGAAUGGACCCUUAUUCCAUGAUUGUCUUGAGUGGAGCGUCCUUCCUGACCCUCUUGGAGUGAAUGGUCCCUCCUGAUGUUAUGGAGCAUUCAUAAUGGAGUUUUGGAGCACUUCAUCACUCCUGGCCCUCUGGAGCAGCAAUCUAUUACUGAAAAUCUGGGGUAGAUCAUCUCUCUUAACCUUCCAGAAUGAAUGACCCUUCCUUGAGUUCUGGAGCGAAUGGUCACCUCUGACAGUCUGGAGCAAAUCAUCCCAGAAGUUGUCCCUUCUGACCUUCUGGGGUGGAUCAUUGACAGUCCAGGUAGAUCGUCCUUCCAGACUUUCUUGAGUAGAUGGUUGCUGCUAACCUUUCAAGUGGAUGAUCAAUCUCAACCUUCUGGAGGGGAUGGUAUCUCUUGAAAGUCAGUUUAAGAAUGUCUUUCCUGGACUUUUGGAACAGAUCAUCCCUUCUGGCCCUCUGGAGUGGAUCAUCUCCCCUUACCUCCCAGAAUGAAUGAUCCUUCUUUGAGUUCUAGUGCGAAUAGUCCCUCCUGACCGUCUGGAGCAGAUCGCACCAGAAGAUCGUCCCUCCUUGACUUCUGGAGUAAAUGGUCCCUUCUGACCUUCUGGGGCGGAUCAUCCUACCUGGAGUUCUGGAGUUGAUGAACUUAUGGAGUGGAUUGUUCCUUUUGAACUCCUGAAGCGACUCUUCUCUUCUGCCAGUCUGGAUGAAUUGUCCUUCUAGACCUUCUGGAGUGGGUGGUCCCUCCUGUCCUUCUAGAAUCAGUUGUCCCUCCUGAAGUUCUGAAGUGGAUUGUCCCUCUGGACCUUCUGUGGUGCUAACCGUCAGCCUCAUACCAUCUCCUCAUUGACCACUUAUUGCCUUCCACGCUCCCAUCAGCCACGGAGAUCAGGUCUCCGCUCAUAAACCAUAUCAAUGAAGUCUUUGCACUGUUGACAGCUGGAGGUGGCGUACCUUUCCUACGACAAAGGGACGCAAAACAGGAAAAAAAAUAUAUAAAUAUCUAUAAGAAUGAAUAUAAAUAUCUGUAAAGAGAUAGAAUCCCAAUGAGCACAAUAUUAAUGUCAGAGUUAUUAUUGGAGUAUUGAGAUGUUACUUAUUUUUUAUUGCUUAUAUAUGAAAGUAUACUUUAAAUAUUUUUAUUUUGAUCAAAAAAGACCAAACUACUGUUCUAUGGUUGUAUUCCUCUUGUGUUUGAGCUCGCUGUAGAUUUUGAGCCAGCGCUUGUUUCUCUGUGGAGACGUUGCUUAGCGUAGCUGCUCGCUUGUGUGUUCAUGUAUCGGUGGCAACAAAAAAAAACUUAGCGCUCAUGCAUCGCUUUGAUAUCAAGUUCGUUCAUUGCUGAUAUGUUGCAUCCAUCAGUUUGUGGGCAGAACGCUAUAGAGGAGGUAAAAUAUAUUAAUAAUGGUGCAGAGACGGGAAACCAGCCGUUCAUCACAACCAGGGACGAAAGCUAAAAUCUACACAUCAGCUCCCCCUAGAGGCUGCCGUGUUUAUCACGCACAAAAAAAAUAAAUGGGACCCAGGAUGGAGCCCUGGGGUGCACCGCAGCACAGAGCUGCAGAUGACAUAUUACUAAUACAACAGUGACCGCCUCAUUAGUGUCCCUCAGGCCAUUAUGUCCAUUACACCUCAGAAAACAACUCCAUUCUUAGCAUUCCUUAUUAGCAGUGAGGUGAAGCCAAAACUCAAGUGCCAAAAUGUGCAGUUCCUCCAAUGUCCACUAGAGGCUGUCUCCCAGAGGAAAUCAGUCCCCACAGACCUCCAUGUUAACAUGCAGAAAUAAACAUGUUUACAGCCUGUUUGGUCUCUGUAGAUCAUUUCAACAUUCAGGACUUUCAGGAAAACGUUUAUAGAACUCUAUUUCUACUGUUUACAUCUUAUUCAGGCUUAAAGUUAUACAUAAUUAUGGGGGUGGGGCCUCUUUGAGUGACAGGCUGUCUGCUGAUAUUGUCUUCGGCUUCUCUGUCAGAUCCACCCUCUCGUCCAAAUAUGGUCACUUCUGGCUUCAAAAAACCAAGAUGGCGACGGCUGAAACACAAAACUCCAGGCUGUAAAAUGGGAGUCCAUGAACCAAUGAGAGACAUCACAGUGGUUACGUCCAUUAUUUAUAGUCUGUGGUCUGGUCCUCCUCCCCUUUGGACAAAUGACCAUCAGGCUGAGACGAGCCGGGCCAGUCACAACUGUUUAUCUAAUACUGGGUGUUAGAGACGGAGACCGUAAAGAAAAGUGCCAUUGAGGCAUUCUGAAAUUCAAAAAAGGAAAAAAACAAAAUGGCUGCAGCUGAUGUGAAGCUGCUGUGGCGUAGGGUCGGGCGGAGUCACGGUAUACUGGUACACCAGGAUAUUUAAAAGUACUAACAGUAUGAUUUCCAAAAAUACAGACACUUAUCUCUCUGUUUAACUCAGACAGACGAGCUGUGAUGAGGAUGUUUUGUAUGUAGUUCACAGCACGUGCUGCCAGAGGUCAGGCGGUACCGGUGGAGCAGGCAGAUCAGCUGAUCAUCAUGGUGACUGUGAGAGGUGGGGAUAACGUUACAGGACUGUAAACAACUGACAGCAGAAAGAGACUGUGGGGAGAAACAACUCGGUAAAUGAGGGAUUUAUUUUGACCAAACAGGAGUCUGUGAUUGUUGGAACGGUGGAAAGACUGAGCCAGUUUGAGCUAUCGUCUGUCUCAGUUUGGUGACAGAGAGAAAUUUAAAUUAAGAGGAUGUACAGUUGUAUCUUUAUCUUUAAUAAGGACAAUAGGUGUCAGAAUAUUACCUUUAUUAACAUGUUGUGAGUUUAUAUUUCUUACUACACUGGAGAGCUCCUGCACACAGACACUGUCAUGUACCCUAAACAAUGGGGUGGGGGAUAAAAUUGAUAUGUCGUUGUGUCAUAAUACUUUGUGUGGCAAUAUUGUAUUGAUACAGAGAUGCCAAGUAUCAUUUUUUUUAUUAUAUAAAUUAUUAAUAUUGCAAAUAUGAAAGUAGAUGUUGACAGAGUUUCCUGUUGGGGAAAAAAUUUGUGCUUGAAAAAAGAGUAAUAAGUCACAAUAUCAUCGCAAUACUCGACAUAUCACAAAACAUUUAAAAUCGCAAUAAAAUUGUAUUGUGACUUAAAUGUUGUGAUAAUAACAUAUCGUGGGGCCUCUGGUGUUUCCCACCCUACUGUAUGCCCCACUAAAAUAAAACAGAUACCACCUCACCUCGAGCGUCAGUGCGGUCGACCUUCACUGAAAGACAAACAAUCGACUGCACUGAACAAAGACGUGUUUGCCGAACUCACGAUAGGAUCUAUCAGAGUUUAAUAUCAGAGCUCGUCCCUGUGAGCUGUUGUCUGUUUACAUCCGCCUGUCGCUCAGAUGUUGUUGUUUUUCCAGCAAGUCCCGCCCUAAUGUGCUGUGAUUGGCUGGUCCUGCCGUGCUGUGCGGUGAUUGGUGCAGACCUGGUCACUGGUCGCUCAGUGCUUUGUCACAUGUUGGUAACAUCUGUUGGAGAUCAGAAUGAUCGGUUGAUGCAAUAGUCUCUGUGGCUGAAUCUGAACGUCACUUCGGUUAUACUUCAGUGAUACGUAUAUCGACAUGUUUACCAUCGUCUCGUCAUGUUCGUGAGAUGAAAUCCUGCUGCUCGUCCUGUCGUUAUCCUGUCAGCCCAGUGUUUUUCUCUGAGGUCCGUAGUGGUGUUGAUGUCAGUAUCAAACGGUGAGCACGUUUUCUGAAAGCUUACAGAUUCGGAAGAAACGUAGCAGAACCACCAGUGAUCAUGGAGGCAGUGUAGAGUUGUUCAGGUGAGAUAUGACCAAAUGAGACGACAAAGACAUUUUAAAUAACAGCGGACGAAUUGGUGACAUAUUGAAAAGAAUUCUGCGUCCUCAUGUCAGGAUGUAUUUAAUGACCUCACAGUCCACCGCCAUCUACAACACUUCGUCUAUUUUAAGGUCAAAUAUUACAACCUCCUCCACCGUCGCCUCGUUUGUUCUUAUCUGAAACAUUUGACUCUGCCCUCUGGUGCCAUCUAUUGGCUGUGUGUAUGACAUCAUAAAGGACACAUGGAAGAUCUGUUGGUACAUAAAGGGAGAAUAAACGAGCCUUGAGGAUGAGGUUGGUUCAGCCUUCACCCUGAUGUGCUUGUUGCUGUCACGACCUAGGAUCCGGGUUCUGAAUGAACAUGAAUGGGCGGUUUCCUGUCUCUGCUGGUUUCUCUGUGAUCUGGUUUAGGUGUGAGAGGAUGUGUUCGUCUCUGCUUUCUGCUGCUCUUCAGCAUGUUUGACUCAGUUUGAAGCUUUAGCUACUCGUGAUGUUCCAGUUAAUGUUAGCAUGCUGCUAAAGAUGUUAUAACAGUGAAGAGUUGUUCCACAUCGAGUUCAGAGUCAGCGAAGAGUGAUUCAUGUCACAGUGCCAUAAAUCCAUCCACCAUCCCAGAGAAAAAAAACCCAUCAUGAAACAUCCUGUUUUUUGUUUUGCGUUUGCUGAAGAUAUAUUUUAAUGGAAAAGAAGAUGGUGACAGUGACAGUGUGCAUUGAUGAAUAGAAAGCAUUAUGAAUAUAUAGAAAAUAUUUUAUCUGUGAUUGCUCAAAGAUCUGCCCGGCGACAGCCCCAACACAUCCUUCACAGAACUCUUCACCGGCUGGAGACUUUAUGACUGGACCUAGCACCUGUCAGUCAAGCUGUAACGACUUGGCCUCGCCUACAGGAUCACAUGGUGCUAACGACUUGAGGUGUGUCCGAAACUCGUCACACGCCAAACACAAACACGAACUCCUGCAGCGUGGCGGCAUCCUGAUUCAGACUCUGCAGCUUCACUAACUUCUCCUGAAUGUUUCCUUCAGUGUUUUCUAGACUUUGUGUCUUUUCUAGAUCCUCAGUGAGAAUCCAGCAGACGACCCGGCGACCUGCCGACGCUCGCUCAUGACAAAACUAUGACUCAGAGUGGGGUCACUCACCUGGGCUCUCAUUUAUAAACAUUAACGAGGCCUGAAAGAUGCGUACGCCACUUAACACGUUAAAGUUGUGAUGUCUAUAAACAGACCUGGCGGGACAAACUUUGACCCGUGCUAACCAACAGUUUGGAGACAGGAAGUUGGCGACGCAGACGGUGAGGUGGAGCCUGAUUGUAGAAACUGGUGAAUAUUUUUAGGUGCACGCUAUUUUUGGCUUCUGUCCGUAGGUACAUUUUCAGUCUGGAUCUUACGUAUCGUUUUAUAAAUGAGACGUCCUUUGAUCCUCAGCACACCUUGGAUCUUAUAGUUUGUUUGCACACUGUACUAACUCAUGCAAACAACACGCUGACAUGUGCAGACAGACGGUAACUUGUCUGCACCUGUGACCUGAACUGGUGUGAAUGAUGUAGAAACACACGUCAUAACUUCCUGUCACAGCAGACCGAAACUCGUUCCCAGACAAUAAACACACAGCUUCAUUUUUUUAAAGAUAUUUUUUGGGCAUUUUUAAGCCUUUAAUUGAUAGGACAGACAGGUGUGAAGGGGGAGAGAAGGGGGGAGUGACAUGCAGCAAGGGGCCACAGGCUGGAUUCGAACCCGGGCCGCUGCGGCAACAGCCUUGUACAUGGGGCGCCUGCUCUACCACCAAGCCACCGACGCCCCACAGCUUCAUUUUUAACCUUCGUUGUUCAGGUUUCCCGAAAUAGCUGAUCUGAUGUGGAUCAGCUGAUCUGAUCCACAUCAGAUCAGCUGAUCCACAUCAGAUCAGCUGAUCCAGCAGGACUCACUGUUCACCUGCAUCUGAGUUCAAACACCUUUUGAAGGUGUUUGAACUGAUCAGCAGUCCAGUUCUCAGAUCUCAUCAGACGCUUUGAGUCGUUAGUUGUGUCAUGAACGAACUUCCGUACAGUCGAACCACAUUCCUGUUGUUCCUCUCUGGACCCUGAUCCAUCAGACUGCUUCACUGAGCUUAGACCAGGUGAGGUCACAUCACUCCAGGUGUGAUUCAGCUGUGACCCAGGAGUGACUCAGUGCAGCAGCCUGAUGGAAACAGGUCGGAGGAGAAGUAGUUUUCAAGGUCACAUCAGUGAGCUGGACACACUGCCAGCAGCCUCACCUGUUCGCCAGGCGCCAGGUGAGUCGUCAGCUGAUCUGACUGUGUCACAUGACAGGACUGUGUCACAUGACAGAGCUGCAUCCUGUGGUGUUUCAGUCUGACAGGUGUGUUAACAAACAUUAAACAGAUGUGUU